AUGGUGAAGGGGGGCGAGGCAAACAAACGGAGGAACUUCUUCCAAACCAUUUUUGAGCAGCACGCGGUUAGGAAAAGAAAAAAGGCAAAUAUCAAUCUAAGAAUAGUAUACGGAUCGGAAGGGUCCAACAGCUACAAAAAAGCGAAAGUGUUUCUGAACGACUUGAUACAAUUUUUUAAAGACAUAGAAAAUAUAUGUAACGAAAUAAACAGAAUAAUAACGGAGGAAGGAGGGAGCCACCACAUGUUCAACGCAAGGACAAACGAAGUGGGUCAUGCAGAUGACAGAUUGGUGAAAUAUUUUAAAGAGUAUUCCAAAUUGUUACAAAGAAGGAAUGAAGAAACUGCAAGGAGUGGCAAAAAGGACUCAUUCCUUGCAGGGGGGGUAAAUGGUACACAUGAAGGUUUACAGCAGUUUCAAGAAAAGGAAAAAAAAUGUAGCGAUAAAUUUGUGAACUAUCUAGACUGUUGCAUAAGCACUAAUGUCUGCACAGUCAAUUUCGAUUUUGUCAAUGGGAAUGAGUUCAACGAUUAUACAUUCUUUGAACGCACCAGUGAAUAUGAUUUAAAUUUGAUGCUAGUAUUUGUGAGUACAGCUAGCAAUGGUUCUUUCCCCAGGAAUUGCUACAAAUUUGAACAACUGUUGGAAGAUCUAUUUAAUGAUUUUCGAGUUGAAAAAGAUUUUUUAAAAAAUAUUUUUUAUACUUGUAUAGGGUUUGGCAACAAACAUUACGGCAGUACUCACUUCUGCGCACCUGUUAAGAAGUGCGACAAGUAUCUGUCCUACUUGGGUGCGCAAAAAUUAUUUAAGACUUUAAAAUUGUGUGAUGAGGAAGAUAACGAAGAAUUGUUUCUUGUGUGGAAAUGCAGCUUAUUUAAAACGAUCAGUUUGAGUCUGCUUUUCUACUGUAUUAAUUUUCCCCAGUUAGGAUACUUCAUGCCGUAUGCAGACAGGAAGAUUUACAAUUCCCUGAAGCAUUAUUGCUUCUUUUUUUGCUCAAAGGCGGAUAAUAGGAAGGGGAGAUGUGAAGGGGCGUCGAUUGAGGUGCCACAGGAGGGGGGACAGCAUAGCCAUGUGGCUGAUCAGAAGGGGGAGAGUACUCAAGCGAGUGAUCCUUCCAUGGGGAAUCCUCCUAAGGGGGAUCCUUGUACCAACGCUUCGUGCAGUACUUGUGGGGAAGGCACCCAGCACGGGUGCACCCCCCCCAAUGGUGAUCAAUGGGAACAAGUUCCAACCGCGAAAAACAGCGAAGAUGAAAUGGAAGAAAAAGAUGCACUCAAUUAUGGCAUAAAAAAAAGGGAAGAUGUGAAAAAAAGUAUAUCACUCUGCAGUAGCGGUGAUGAGAUGGAGGACCUCAUCCCGGACAAACCCAAAGAUAUGCUUACAUCUAACCAACGAGAUAAGCUAACGAAGGAAGGAUAUAAAAUUAUAGGUUCCCACAGUGCAGUAAAGUUAUGCAGAUGGACUAAAUCUCAAUUAAGAGGUCGCGGAGGAUGCUACAAACAUACCUUUUAUGGGAUCAAUUCUUACCAAUGUAUGGAAGCUACGCCAAGUCUAGCUUGUGCUAAUAAAUGCGUUUUCUGUUGGAGGCAUCACAAAAACCCAGUAGGGACUCAGUGGAAAUGGAAUAAAGAUGACGCAGAAAUGAUAGUAGAGGAAGCACUUAAAAAACAUAAAGGGAUGAUUAAAGAAUUGAAAGGAGCACAUGGAGUUAUUAAAGAAAGAUUUGAUGAAGCAGUCAAUGUUAGACAUUGUGCCCUGUCCCUAGUAGGGGAACCAAUCAUGUACCCAGAUAUUAACAAAAUGAUUGAUGAACUGCAUCGUAAAAAUGUUUCAACCUUCCUGGUUACGAAUGCGCAGUUCCCAAAUGAGUUGCAAAAAUUACACAAAGUGACACAACUUUACCUUUCAAUUGAUGCUCCUAAUGAAGAAGCUUUGAAGAAUAUAGACAGACCAUUAUUUAAAGAUUUCUGGGACCGAUACAUACGGUGCAUUAAGAUAUUAAAGAAGAGAAAAGAAAGAACGGUAUUUAGAUUUACCCUAGUGAAAGAAUACAAUAUGAUGUCUGAAGAAAUUUUAAGUUAUUCUAAAUUGGUAGAAUAUGGCUACCCAGAUUUUAUUGAAAUAAAAGCCGUAACAUAUUGUGGUUCCUCCGAUGGUUAUCAACUUACUAUGAAAAACAUUCCAUGGCAUGAAGAAGUGUACCAAUUUGCUUCCAGUUUAAUAAACUCUAAUGGGUACCUUUCCGACUCGUAUGAAAUUGCCUGUGAGCAUAGGCACUCUUGCAGCAUUUUAAUAGCAAAAAAGGAAUUCAAAAUUAAUGAUAAAUGGCACACAUGGAUUGAUUAUGAAAUGUUUCAACGUUUGGUUAGGCAGAAUAAAGAUUUUACCGCCGCUGACUACUGUGUCGAGACCCCCUCCUGGGCUGUCAUAGGUGCAGAAGAACGGGGCUUCAAUCCUUGCGAUGAGAGGGUCUACACGAAGGGCAAGAAAAAAAAUAAGCAGCCUGCUGCAGAGAACACCUCGCAGUGA